UUUUUUUUUUAUCGCGGCAGACCCAAGAACUGAGCAAGCCAAUUCCGACGACCCCGCUCCCCCCUUCUCCUUCCUCCCGGAUCUCAGGCUCAUCGAACUGUUAUGAACCGAAGUGCGCCAUGCCUAAAUCACCCAAGGUUUUCUACUCCCAUAGCACCUUGCCCUGCUGGACCUCCCGCCUCCGCCGCAUCUCCUCCUUCAAUUUCUCUGUUUUCUUCCUGAUCUUUGGCUUCGCUGGCUUCCUCUUCGGAUCCUUUGCCUUCUUAAGAGGGUUCAUCUACGGGCCCAAGUGCUUGGCCGCAGAUCCCAUAUCCAUCUCCGUAGCUUGGGAGCGCCGCAGUGACACCUUGUCUGGCCUUCUAGACCUCAAUGGCGGCGCCGGCGUAGGCGGAGUUCAGAGAGAAAGGCACAAAGUAAUGGGCUUUGUUGGCGUUCAGACGGGGUUUGCAUCUGUUGGCAGGCGGAGAUCUCUCAGGAAAACGUGGUUUCCUUCCGAUCGCCAAGGUCUUCUCCGUUUGGAAGAAUCAACUGGUCUGGCUUUUCGAUUUGUGAUAGGCAAGACUAAAGAUCAAAUGAAGAUGGCCGAGCUAAAAAGAGAAGUUCAAGAAUAUGACGAUUUUUUGCUAUUAGACAUUGAGGAGGAAUAUAGCAAACUCCCAUAUAAAACGUUAGCUUUCUUCAAAUCUGCUUAUUCAUUGUUUGAUUGUGACUUCUAUGUUAAAGCUGAUGAUGACAUAUACUUAAGGCCAGAUCGCCUUUCACUACUUAUAGCAAAAGAACGUGCAAACUCACAAACUUACCUUGGAUGCAUGAAGAAGGGCCCAGUAUUCACGGACCCCAAACUUAAGUGGUAUGAGCCUCUAUCUUUUUUGCUUGGGAGUGAAUACUUUUUGCAUGCAUAUGGUCCCAUUUAUGCUCUCUCCGCUAAAGUUGUUGCAAGCUUGGUAUCUUUAAGAAAUGAUAGUUUUCGCAUGUUCAGCAAUGAAGAUGUUACACUUGGGGCUUGGAUGCUUGCGAUGAAUGUCAAUCAUGAGGAUAACAGAGCGCUCUGUUCACCAAACUGUACUCCAUCAUCCAUUGCUGUUUGGGAUAUUCCCAGGUGCUCAGGGCUUUGCAAUCCUGAAAAGAAGAUGUUGGAACUCCAUAAAAAGGACAUUUGUUCAGCUGGUCCAACUUCAACUUCUGAUUCUGAUUGAUCAUACAGUUCUUUACUGUUUUCAACCUGAUCAGGUUAUCAGAUUAUGUUUGAUCUACAGCCGUUUCAAGGGGCACUUCUGAAAGAUGUUAAUGAUCAUUGAUGUAGCACAUUUGGAGGGCAAGCAUGAUAGUUCUCUGCGGAGGAUUCAUUCUUCUGUACAUUUUGAUCUGAAUGUAAGUCAAAUUCAUUCAAUUUUGCAAAAGAAAAUCAUCCUUAUCUUCCCCAUCCUCUGUACUUCCCAUGGGUGGAACUAUGUAGCUGUCAAGAACUUGGAAAAAAUUAUUACUUUCUUAUUAUGAUAAUAUCUAUAAUUUUAUGCUGUUUUUCUUA